AUGGAUUUGGAUCAAAAUCGUGUCCCGAUGAGUGCAUUGCCAGACUAUGCUGAUCCGGAUUAUUUUGACCAUGGUGCAAUUAACAAGCAAACCAGUUUUCAUCGCUCUUCUCCUAGACAUUCUACCAGUCACAUUGGUAGUGCAAAAUCGCCAAAUAAUUAUAUUUUCGGAGACAUCAUUGGUGAUGGAUCGUAUUCAGAGGUGAAACGGGCUACUGACAAACGUAGCUGGAAGGAAUUUGCCAUAAAGGUGCUGGAUAAACGUUACAUAGUCAAAGAAAACAAGAUAAAAUAUGUUAAUAUUGAGCGUGAUUCUAUGAUGAGGCUCAACGGGUUUCCUGGAAUCGCUCGUUUAUUUCACACAUUUCAAGAUGAUCUGAAGCUUUAUUACGUUCUCGAAUAUGCCCCCAAUGGUGAGCUACUACAAUACAUUAAAAAGUAUCGCUUUUUGAAUGAAGCUUCAGUUCAGUUUUAUGCCGCCGAAAUCCUUUCAAGUAUAGAGUUCAUGCAUUCCUGUGGUAUCAUACACCGGGACUUGAAGCCAGAAAAUAUUUUGUUUGACCAUAAUAUGCAUGUUAAAAUAACUGAUUUUGGCACAGCUAAAAUACUUCCGCCAAAGUACGCUAAUAGCCCCGAAUCCACCAUGUUUUCGAGCUCGUUCGUCGGUACUGCUGAAUAUGUCGCACCAGAGCUACUUUCAAAACAAGUAGUAUCUAAAAGUUCGGAUGUUUGGGCAUUUGCUUGUGUCGUUUUUCAGAUGAUUACUGGGUCUCCUCCUUUUCAUGGUCGUGAUCCGGGUGUGAUUUUUAGAAAAAUUAUGAAUUUGGAGUACGACUUGCCUAAGCAUAUGCCGAUUGAAAUGGUCCCGUUAUUCACCUCUAUCUUUCGUUUGCAAACGUUUGAGAGACCAUCUAUCCAAGAAUUGAAACAAUUUUCCUUCUUUACUGACAUUUCUUGGAAAGAUUUAUUUUUCCAGUCGCCUCCUCCAUUGCAAUCUUUUCGACCUAAUUACCGUCAUAUUCCUGUGAAUCCUCUUCCACCUACUUAUCGGUCAAACAUGACAGCAGCAGCAGCAGCUAGUGCUGCUGCUGCCCAUGCUUCUGCAUCCAUAGUGAGGCAUCAGCCUAAAUCUGUUUCUGACCAAAAGAUAAAAAACAGAAAAUCCACUUCCCCUCCUGCCCAUUAUGGACAGGCUACUUUGCGUAAUAAUCAACCGUCAAUGGAUUUGUUGUACAGCAAGCUAUUUCCUUCUAACGAAUCAGUCCUUGUAUCAUCAUCUGUUUUACUGAGUUUGACUGCUCCUCUGCCAGAGGGAGGUAAAUUUCCCUCUGGAAUUACAAAAAUGUUUUUGAAAAAAAAAUCCCGAGUAAUGCUGUUAACGAACAUGGGACGUUGCGUUUUCGUGACGAAGGGGAAAAACGAUAGAGUCUUAAUUGACGCGGAAGUCAGUUUAUAUGAUCCUUCAGUUGAAGUACGAUUUGAUGACAAUAAAUCCAAAAGAUUCUUGCUUAAUUUACAAACAGAAGCUUGGAUCAUUGAAGACACUUCUGAACAUGUAUCACGCUUGAGGGAAGUUAUUAGUAAAUUUAAGAAAAGCGAUCGCCCUUCUUUGGAUCCGUCUUCUCACGAAGACUAA